AUGUUUUCCCGUUUAGCUUUGCGUUCAGUCGCAGCCAGACAAACCCCAUCAACAGCACUUGUAGCCAGAGGCUCUGCUUCCGAAGUAAGUGGUGUGCGUGAUGAGAAAAACUUCCCCCGCCCAGUAAGAGCGACUGAGCCUGGCAAAGUUAGACUUGGAUUCAUUCCAGAAGAAUGGUUCCAAUUCUUCCAUUCCAAGACCGGUGUAACCGGACCCUACACAUUCGGUGUUGGUCUCACCACAUACCUCUUCAGCAAAGAGAUCUAUGUAAUGGAACAUGAAUACUACACUGGUCUGUCCAUCUUCCUUAUGGUAUACUAUGCAUCUACCAAGUUUGGACCUAAACUCGCUGUCUGGUUGGACAAGGAAGUUGAAAAUGUUGAAAAAGAAUGGAACGAAGGUCGAGUACAAACCCUCAAAUCCUUAGAAGAAGCCAUAGCAGGUGAGAAGGAGGCACAGUGGCGUGCUCAAGGCCAAGAGCUUCUUAUUGAAGCUAAGAAAGAGAAUGUUCUAUUGCAACUGGAAGCUGCUUACCGAGAAAGAAUGAUGAAUGCUUACUUAGAGGUCAAGCGUCGUUUAGAUUACCAGCUAGAAAAAACGAACGUUGAGCGUCGUAUUGCCCAAAAGAACAUGGUGGACUGGAUAGUGACCAACGUGACCAAAGCCAUCACUCCGGACCAGGAGAAGCAGGCCCUGGACCGCUGCAUUGCAGACCUGGCCGCUCUCGCCAAGAUCAAAGCU